ACAACUCUGAGCCACACAAGACUCUCUUCUCGUCUUCCCCUCCGUGCCGCCCAUCUUUGACUGUCAAACCUCUUCUCGCUGCUUUCGAGCUUGUCAUCUUAAGCAGGAAGUGGUGUCGGAUCAUGUCAAGGUGCCUCAAACCAUGAUUCUUCUCGACUUGGUCAUUCUAAAUCCAGAGGCAUAAUUAUUGGAGACCUGUCUGGUUGAAGGUGCUUUUCUCGUGUCGUUUGCUUUGCUUUCACAUGGUGGUGGGUGCAGCGUGGAGUAGAUUAAUAUCAUGAAUAGUCUCAAAUAAAUCUUCCAUCUUUUCCUUUAUGAAAGAAGGCCAGAAAGGAAAGGAAAAAAGAAGAUUAGCUGAUGCAUGUCCUCCUGUUGCCACCAUCAUCCAUCUCCCUUUAUAAGCACCCUUCCUGCCCUCUCUUCUCUUUCCCUUUCUCCUCCUCCUCCUCCUCCUCCUCCUCAUCUGUGUGCAGGAUCAGGUUGAUAAUAGAGAUAUGAGCAUCUCAAGGGAGAACUGCUACUCGACCCUUGUGCUGUUCCGAUUCCUUAGAGAGGUUGUAGUCUUCUUGUCUCUCAUGGUCAAUUGGCUCUUCUUUCCCUGCUACGACUGGUGGCCUACUUCUUCAUCCGCUGAAGACGAAGCGGAAGGAGGCAAAGGAGCAGACGACAGAGCUCGUCACCGCGCCGCGGCGCAAGCGGUGAGGGAGACCCUCCACGUGUCGACCUACGGCGAGGUGGCGGGAGAGGAGGAGGAGGCCGGCGCCGUCGCCACGGCGUGCGCGGUGUGCCUGAGCGAGGUGAGCAGGUGGGACAAGGUGUGGGAGCUGAGGAACUGCAGGCAUGUGUUCCACCAGGGAUGCCUCGACCGGUGGCUCGACCACGACGAGCACCUCAGCUGCCCCCUCUGUCGCGAACCGCUCCUGGCUCGGCGGCCGCCGUCUCUUCCACCGCCGCCGCCGGAGGCCAGCUGGGCGGUGGAACGUCUCCUCUACCUUUUCGGAGACGACCUCCUCCCUGCCCCUUCUUCAUAGCUUCAUCAUCUUCUCCUUGAUACGAAGCUUGUUUCCUCUUCCUUCGAUCUUGGGGUGAUAUAUAUAUAUAUAUAUAUAUAUAUAUAUAUAUAUAUAUAUAUAUAUAUAUACACGAGAGAUGUAAGUAUAUACAUGUUUGACAUUUUUUACGUGAAAAAUGUUAAUGGAAUCGAGUAUUCUUCUAA